UCUCACUAAGUAGCUCCUUGGUAUCUGCGGCGACUCUCUCUCUCUCUCUCUCUCUCUCUGUCCCGAUUCCCACCAACCCUAUACUUGUGCCCUAGCUCUCUCGUCGUCUCCUCCUUCGGCGACGGCCGUUUUUUGAAUCAAAGAUCUGGAUUUGUUUUAUGUUUUUUUGACUUGUUUGCAAGUGGUUAUUCUGUAUAAAUUUUCUUUUUCUAUCUGAUAGUGAUUUUUGUGUUGUGAUGGAACUAGGGUUUUUAUGUGCGGUUAUCAAUUGCUCGUAGAGAGUGCGAAUCGAGCGCUGCAAUCUUGACGUUGACUGUGCGCUUAUAAAAGCGUGAUUUAGAAAAGAUACAAGAUGUCAUCACCCUAUGUAACUCUGGGUAAUCGACCACUUGAACAGUGGAAAGUCACUGAACUGAAGGAGGAGCUCAAGAAGCGCAAAUUGACCACUAAGGGUUUGAAAGAAGAUCUGUUGAAGCGCCUGGAUGAAGCUGUUCGAACUGAACAGGCAAAUGCUUCUGCAAUGGAAGAUGAUGAAGAAUCUGAGUCACCUACUGAUCAAGUUGAAACCAAGCCUGUUGCUUCUGGAAAAGAUAAGGAUCCCUUAGAUGCAAGUGCUGGUAUUGGUGAAAAGCUUGAAGCAAAAUCUGAGCAAAAUGUCCCAAGUGAUGUAGACGUCGGUGCAAAAGCAGAUUUAGUGAAAGAAACCAAAGCAGUUUCUGAGACGGAAAUGAAGCCUGUGAAGACCAUAGAUUCAACUGGUGAGACAGUUGAGCCUGUGACGGAAUUGAGUGAAUCAAACUUGCCUAGUGAUGGAAAGAGUAAGCACGAAGAUUCCCCUGCCAUGCUCAGUGGGGCUGGGCUGCAGUUACAGGAUAAUGCUAAGGUUGAGCCUCCUACCAAGCCAGAUGUUGAGGGCAGUGAAACUCAAAAUGAGGGCAUGGACUCAACUAUUCAGAUGGAGAGUGAUGAUUCCAAGUCCCACCAACCAGAUUCCGAUGUCCAGCCACUGAAGUUUCAGGUAUCUGAGGUUAACCCUGAUUUAGGGUCUCAAGUAGCAUCUGAUUCUGUUUCUACUGAAUCUGUCCCCCUUAUUGAGAAAAAUGAACUAAAGAUAGAUGUAAUUACUGAUAAUGUCAAAUUAGAACUGGAUGUUAAACCUGAGGUGGGGCAGACAUCUGUUGGCACUGCAGCUUCUGAUGAUGGCAAAUUAGAACCAGCAGGUGAUGAGGCGCCACUUAGCAAGGAUGAUACUGAUGAUUCCCUUGACAAAAAAGAUGUUGAACAGCCACUUGACAAAGUGGAAUCUAUGGAAGCAACUGAUGCAGAAAAUAUUGAUAAUCUCAGGGGCAUUGAUAGUGUUGAUUUGGGUCCUCCUGAAAAACUAAGUUUAGACAGGAGUUCAGGUGAUGAUUCUAUGGAGGAGGAUGUAAUGGAUAGUAAACAAAUGGAGUACAAGUCUGAUUCUAAUAAAGCUCACGACAUCAUGGAGACAUCUGAAAAGCCUGUAACAGAUGAGGAUGAUCAUGUUGAUGUUGUUGGUCAUGAUAAACCAGCUGAAAUGAAACCUGCUGAUGCUGAAAAAGAGACUGCGUCUGCACAGGGACUAUCUAAGAGAAAGUUCUAUGAUAAAGAAGCAGCUGGGCAGAAUGACCCUGCAAAGAAGGCCCGCAGGUGGAAUACAGAAGGGUCAAAGGGUUCUGAGCAGCAGAGCAACACUGUAGCUGCUUCUAUCACACCCAAGGGUUUGCCUGAACCUACUUUCAAGCGAGCAGGACCCGACCCUGUAGUCAAUGAAGAAUCACCUAAGGAGCGAAUUGUUCCACCAACCUCAAAGCCACCCACUAAUUCUCUAAGAAUUGAUCGCUUUCUGCGACCUUUUACUUUAAAAGCAGUGCAGGAACUCCUUGGCAAAACUGGCACUGUUACCAGUUUUUGGAUGGAUCACAUCAAAACCCACUGCUAUGUUUCGUAUUCAUCAGUUGAGGAGGCUGUGGAAACGCGUAAUGCAGUAUACAAUCUCCAGUGGCCACCAAAUGGGGGGCGCACGUUGGUGGCAGAGUUUGUCGAACCUCAAGAAGUUAAAGCACGACUCGAGGCCCCCCCAGUAACUCCCACAACUCCUUCAACGAGCGCCGCUGCUAUCUUCUCUGCCUCUAAGACCCAACCCUCUAUGCCACCUCAACCUUCUCCGAGGCAGCAGCAGCCGCAGCACCUUCCCCCGCCCCCUCUUCCACCACCACAGAUGUCUAAUCCUCCUUUUGCCAAGGAACGCCUACAUCCAUCAAGAGAGCCUCUGCCGAUGGAACAGCAGCCUCUUCCUUUGAGGGACAGGGUUAACCUCCCCCCACCCCCUCCACUUCCGGAUAAGGCCGACCCGCCAAUUGUGACUCUGGAUGAUCUCUUCCGGAAAACCAAGGCCAUGCCCCGCAUCUACUACUUGCCGUUGUCAGAUGAACAAGUCGCCGCGAAAGUGAAGUCACAGGGAAAGAAUGUCAAUCAGUCUGCAGGUGUGCCGUGUAGGAUGAUGAUGAUGAUGGUGAUGAUGUUCUUCUUCCGGUGCGGAUGGUGCUGUUUCCUUGGUGGAUUCAUGUUCUUGCGUUGGGUUGUUGAGGCUGAGUUUAUUAAGAUUAUCUUUGUUAUUAUUAUUAUGUAUGAUCAAUGUAUGCUGCUGCUGCAUCCCCCGAGUCGUCCCGCUUUCCAAUUAAGACACUGUUGUUCUAGACUAGUUGGUGUCGCCCGAUUUUCCCGGCCCCAAACCUUAACCUUUUUACUUGUUGAGAACAUCUGUGAUAAAGUUUUUCAUUUCUGCAUUUUAGGGUUGUGCUUGUUUUAAAUCAAUGUGGGCAUUUUACAUGUCUAAA